AGCUGUUUCAACGAGAGGAUCAGUUGUGACUCUGUAGAACAAGCUAGCUAGCCAUGGCUCAUCUAGGCUUUGCUUGUGAACCUCCUCCUGAUGUGGAUACAGACGACUGUCUUCCGGAAUAUUCAUAUAUGUUCACGCCUGACAUCCUCAAAGGAAAAGUGGCUCUCAUCACGGGCGGAGGCUCCGGGAUUGGAUUCCAUAUCACUGAGAUCCUGAUGAGGCACGGUUGCCAGUGUGUCAUUGCCAGCAGAAAUCUCCAGCGGGUGUCAGAGGCAGCCAAGAAACUCUGUGCAGCCACAGGCCAGCGAUGCCUGCCCGUCACUCUUGAUGUGCGGCAACCUCAGACCAUUUCGGCAGCUGUGGAUGAGGCCCUCCAAGAAUUUGAGAAGAUUGACAUCCUAGUUAACGGUGCUGCUGGGAACUUUCUUUGUCCCGCUAGCUCUUUAUCGUUCAACGGUUACAAAACGGUGAUUGAAAUUGACACCUUGGGCACCUUCAACGUCUCCAAAGUCCUGUAUGAAAAAUCCCUUCGGGAACAUGGCGGCGUCAUUGUCAACAUCACAGCCACCCUCAGCUACAAAGGCCUGGCUCUCCAGAUGCAUGCUGGGACUGCCAAGGCAGCCAUAGAGGCUAUGACGAAGCAUCUUGCUGUGGAAUGGGGACCUCAACGAAUUAGAGUGGUUAGCAUCGCCCCUGGUCCCAUUGCGGGCACAGAGGGGUACCGUCGUUUAGUUCCAUCCAACCUGGAAGUCAAUCAGUACUUCCGGAACAUUCCCCUUCAACGGGCCGGGAACAAGACGGAGAUUGCUCAUAGUGUCCUCUAUCUGGUCAGCCCCCUCUCGUCGUACGUGACCGGCACAACACUUGUGGUGGACGGUGGAGACUGGAUGACUUCGGAUAAUUCCUUUCCCUCACUGUUGGGUAUAGCUAAGCUAUAGAUUACUGGAGCACAGAACUAAAGAGAGAUACAUGAGAAAAGGACACCCCGGCAUUUUAAGGAAGUGUCUUCAGUGCUUCCGGGCAAACCGUCUGUGGCAAUGUACGGAUAGCAGCCACUCACCUUUCCUAGUUUCAAGGUAGUUUAGAUAACCUGGUUUGUAAGAUGGGUCUUCAUCGCACAAAAAUUGGUGAUGGUGGCACAAAAAAACCCCUACAGACUGAAUCCUGUUCACCCACCAGGCUGUACUAUGUCACCGGAAAGGUAGUUGAGGCUGAAGUCCUACCAGGGGCAGAAACAACUUUGAUUAUGAUUUGAUUGGCUUGUAAGCCUUCGUAUCAUUUGCCUCGGAUAAGAUGCUUCCAAUUCAUUCUCAAGUACAAUGUUCAGUCCCAAAAUGGCGAGUCUGCGUUUAUCCAGCUCUUGCUGUGUGUGGCAUUAUCUGCCCCAAUCACCCUGGUCCACUCCUCUAACAAAUAAAUACUCUACUUUUCAACAAA